CCCACUUGGCUGCUGACCCCCGAAACUCUUAACUCUCUUGAGCUUUGCAAUUGUAGAUUUAUUACUAUUUGCAUACUUGUAAGAUCGCCCUAGGUGAAAGACGGAGAUCCGAGAAAUAUCCCACACACUAGAUCUCGACACGGGAUAGCUGGGCUAUAAUUUCUUUUCGAUCUCGGGGUUUGACGUCAAUCCAAUCAGAUGCGAUGAGUAAGUUUCUGUAAAUCCAAAACCUCAACAACCAUCGCUUGACCUCGGAGAUGGCUGGUCUUGUGCGCCUGUCAUCGCGCAUUCGGUCGCUUCCCCACGCUGGAGGGGCUGCUAUAUCUUCCUUGCCUCGCGCCUCUUCGUCACAUCUUCUCCUACGAUAUCAACAACUACAAAUUCCCUCAUCGUUCUCUAGUCCUAGCACUCCGCUACAACUCGUCCCAUCUAUCGCACAGAAAUCCACCUUUUCCUCUUCAGCUCGAGCCAAUUGUCCCCGCAAAAUGACGGAACAGUCCAAAGAACUCAGGAAGUACCUCCAGCAGAGCCAUGACAAGAUCUUCGAGAGCAAUCGCAAAUGGGCCGAGGAGCAGAGGGCAAAGAACCCAGAGUUCUUCGAGAAGCUGAGCGCGGGACAAUCGCCAGACUACCUAUGGAUCGGCUGCAGUGACUCCCGCAUUCCCGCCGAAGCCAUCACCGGUCUCGGCCCGGGUGAGAUGUUCAUCCACCGUAACAUUGCCAACCUCGUCUGCAACCUCGAUCUGAACGUCAUGUCGGUCGUCAACUACGCCGUGCGCCACCUCAAGGUCAAGCACAUCGUCGUGUGCGGCCAUUACGGCUGCGGAGGUGUCAAGGCCGCCAUGGCGCCCCAGGAUCUCGGCCUGCUGAACCCAUGGCUCCGUAACAUUCGCGACGUGUACCGUCUGCACGAGAAGGAAUUGGACGCCCUCGAGGGCGACAGCAGGUACGACAGACUGGUCGAGUUGAACGUCGUGGAGCAGUGCAGGAACAUCAUCAAGACCGCCGCUGUGCAGCAGAGCUACGAGGCCAAUGAAUUCCCCAUCGUUCACGGAUGGGUCUUCGGGCUCAACGAUGGCCUGCUCAAGGAUCUCAAGGUCGACCACGAGGCUAUCUUGCACGACGUGCAAAAGAUCUACAACCUUACCAAGUAGAGCACCUGUGGUGUUUGAACCCAAAACGGGGAUGUAUAACGGGGACAUGUAAAAGACGAGGCGUUUUGAGGAUGUAAUUUGUGUAUCUCAACUAUAGGAGUAUAAUCAUGUGUCGUAGUAUGUUCAAAUUAUUUUAAAAAUCCUUCGCAGUUCAUGC